CCCUUUCCUCCAGGACCCUGGUUCCAUUCCAAUGGAAGAUGGCCGUGCUGAGUCCUGGGGAGCGCUGGGCCGAAGCACUAAUUGAUGAGCUCAGAAGAAAUCCAUGUCCAUCAGAGGAAGUGCAAGACAAUUUUGACUACUGUGGUUGUAGUGACUGCUUGAGGAUGAAGAAAGAGCAUGUCUCUGACAAUGGAAGGACUCAGUCAGCGCCUGGGGAAGGAAGCAUCACUUACACCAAGGAACAGUUACUUGGGGUACAAAGAAUAAAGAACAGUAAGAAUUACUAUGAAAUUCUUGGCGUUGGGAGGGAUGCAAAUGAUGAAGAGCUAAAGAAAGCUUAUCGAAAACUUGCUCUGAAAUUUCACCCAGACAAGAACUGUGCUCCAGGAGCAACAGAUGCAUUUAAAGCCAUAGGAACAGCUUUUGCAGUUUUGAGCAAUCCGGAAAAGAGAUUACAGUACGACCAGUAUGGAGAUGAAGAAGAACCUUACAUCAACCUGCCCAGGCGUUAUAACUAUUACAGAGAAUUUGAGGCAGACAUCACACCAGAAGAAAUAUUUAAUAUGUUUUUUGGAGGGAACUUUCCAACAGGGAAUAUACACAUGUUUUCACAUUCACCCAUGGAUCCCCCAUGUUUUCAGCAAAGGAACAGACAUGAGAGGACUUGGACACAAGAGGAAGAAGAGGAAGAAACUAGACCGCAGAAUAGCUACUCAGCAUUUAUCCAGUUACUACCAGUCUUUAUCAUAAUAGUGGUGUCAGUAGUAACUCAGCUGAUGGCUACUAAUCCACCCUACAGCCUCUUCUACAAAUCGAAUCUAGGGCACACUAUUCUUAGGGAAACUCAGAAUUUGCAGGUGCCUUACUAUGUCGAUAAGAACUUUGAACAUAAUUAUAAUGGUGAAGAACUUGAAGAGCUUGAAAAGCAAAUUGAAAAAGAUUACAUCGACCAUGUCCAGACUAACUGCAGGAAAGAAAAACAACAAAAAUCCGAGUUAUCUAAUUUGGCAAAGCUAUACCGAGAUGAGCGACUGAAGCAAAAAGCUGAAUCCCUAUCACUUGACAACUGUGAAAAGCUCUCCAAUAUCAUAGGACUACAAAGGAGUCGCUAACACAGACACAAGGAGAAAAAUUAACAGUACCGACAAGUCCUGUGUGCUUUCGAAAUUUCAGCUUACCUCUGUUUUCUUUUUAUAAUCUAGAGACAAAACAUAAUAUGUAGACUUAGUACUGUAACAUGUACAGAGAGCUGUAUGAACUGAGCCAGCAAGGCCGCACAUGCUGUAAUGUAUUGAGUACAUUUGGUUCCAAGGCCUGGUAGUAGUUAAAUGUUAGAGAUUGUUUUGGAGAAUUAAUUACAUUUGGCAAAUGUUGUCAUUUGAUACUUGGUUGCCAUCCAUGUGCCAAGCACAUGAGUCCCAGAAACAACCAUCAUGCUCAUUGUUCUUGCUGUGAACAAAAUCUGCUCAGUUCAAGAUCCAUAGUUGGUCAGCAUUUUACAUUGUCAUUCCCAUAUUGAUCCAAAGCAGCUGUUCAUGUGACUUGUUGCUGAAAGCUUAGAUAGGAGGGACAAGAUUUGUUCCACACUGAAAGGAUGGUGAUGGUUAUUUAUUUAUUUAUUUAUUUAUUUAUUUAUUUAUUGAGCACUCUCAAAGUACUUUGAAGGAUGUUCUAAGCAUGGUCUGCAGAUUAAAAGGUUAAAAAAAAUCCACUCCUUGUCCACACGCUAAAAGCUAUUAUGUAAAUGGAAAAUGGGGAGGGAUGCAGAAACAAACACUGAUUGUACCCCAUGGGCAGGUUUACUCUUAUGUACUGUAUUUUAUUGUUUGUAAGUACAGCGCUGUGCAAAUCUACAGCGCUAUAUAAAUAAAGCAUAAUAAUAACUGGAAAAGUAGCUCUUUUAGCUGAAGUGGGUGCUCUCCCGCUUACCAGAAUGCCCCCAGAUGCAGGCAGCCUUUAUUUUUAAUCUGUAUCUUUUUAGUUGUUGAACCAGAAUCAUGUGAUGGGGGAUUAACACUAUAAUUUUGGAGAGCUCUGAAUCCCUGCAUCUAGAAAACAGUUACAUCCAUUUAGCUUCACUGGCUUGCCAUUGGCAGCCUCAGUUUUCACCUUCUUCUAAAUCCAUUUUCUAAUUAGGAGUUCACCAUCAUGAUUGAAUCUCUUUAUACAUUCCUUGCAAUAUCUGUGCUGUUCUCCAAGAUAGCCAGUUUUUCAAGGAAAUACUUAAAAGGUUUUAUCUAUAAUUGGUACCGACACAUGGUAACGAAACAAUUAUUUCAAUAAUUUCUCCUCCAAUGUUCGCUUGCAUAGGCACUAGUCAUGCCAAAUGUUCCCAAGGAUAUGAGUCUGAAAACAGUCAGACUUUGUAGUUCUAUGUGGUGUCUUAACACCACCAUUUGGAGAAAAUUAGAAAAGACCCCUGCUUUAUCGGUGACACUUUACAAACUACAACAUUGUUAAUUUUAGGAAAACCAGCAUCCUUUUAUAUAUAAAAUUAAUUGUGUAAUUUUUAUUUGUCCCAGUUAGACUAUAGGUCAGCCUAUAGCACAGAUUAUAGCAUAGAAUCAUCAAUUCAAGAUUUGGUUUAUCCUUUGUGGAAUAGCUUAUUUUAAAAUGUAUUUCCAAGUAUGCAUGGGAUUUGAAAAUGUUUCAUUUGUUUUUGCUCAUUCCACAUCCCUCCCCAAUUUAAUAUAUUUUUUUUCUAUUUGUUUCAGUUGCUUAGUGAUAUUUAUCUUUCUGAAUGUAAAUAUACAUUGGCAAUAUGGUCAUUGUAUCAUUGCACUGUACAGUCCAUUUUUUAGAAACCAUUUAGGUGUGUAUUGUUACACCAGAUGACUAGUAAACAAGAUGUUUUCCUUAUCUAGCAUAAACAUUCUGGAACUGUCUUGGGGCGAUGAGCAGAUUUGAAAUGAUCCAUUCUGUUACUUUGGCCUUGCUCUUGGGCAGUGGCAACAGGACUAAUGCAGUUUUUGAAAAUCGCACCCUUGAAGUGGGAAACAAUUUUGUGCGUGUGUGCGCGUGUGUGUGCACUUUUUUACAAAAAUAUUUAAAUGUAAUGCAUUGUUUAGCUAUGAACGUGGCACCUAUUGCUGUAUGGAAACAGACAAUGAAAUAAAAGUUAUGAAUACUAAAGCUA